UGUUUCUCCACCUCUAGUCACUGCGGUCACACUGCUUCGCUCAGCACCUCGCUUGGUGUUAAGGAUAUAUACAGCGACGAAAAAGUGAAACCGACAAAAGAAAUUCUGUCAAUUUAAUCCGAUUAAUGAAGAAAUCCAGGAUUUACGCGAGUUGAGAAUGUGUAAUUGAUGUCCCGAAAGCAGGCGAUUGCAGGUAAUUAGCCAAGGAGGCAGCAGGUAGCCGAGGAGGCCGUUUCGGCCAGCGGAGUCUCACUUUGAGGGGAGGUAAACAAACCACAUACACCGGCGUACAGUCCCGGUCAUAAGAGUAUAGCCACUAUGCUGGCUCAGUCGGUGUAUUUGAAGGUGACGCGCCUCUCGUUGCGCUCCGCCUCCAAUCUCUCCAAGCGCCGCGUGGACGAGCUGAGCUCGGGCAUCGGUGAGCUGCGCCAGCUGCUGUCCUGCGUGGUCUGCUGUCAGCUCCUGGUGGAUCCAUACUCGCCCAAGGGCAAGAGGUGUCAGCACAAUGUCUGCCGGCUGUGCCUGCGCGGCAAGAAGCGGCUGUUCCCCCGCUGCUCGCAGUGCGAGGAUUGCUCCGACUUCAAGACCUACGAGGAGAACCGCAUGAUGGGCACCCAGCUGCUGUGCUACAAGACGCUGUGCGUCCACCUGCUGCACUCCGCCCUCUUCGGGCAGCUGAACGGUCUGCGGCCCCAAGUGGACCGGGAGCUGGUGUCGCGCAUCAGACUGCCGCCGCUGACCACACAGGACUUCAUACGUGAGGGUUCCAACAUCUCCGACACGGGCGAUACGUUCCUGCCACAGCCGGAUCUGCCCUUCCUAAAGGACCUGCCCACAUCGCUGCCCGCCGAGACGCCGCCCACAACAGCGGCCACCACGCCAGAGCUGCCCUACGAUCGACAUCUUAAUAUUAGCGAUAUUGAGGCGGAAGCCGCGGCCACAGCCGAGCAGGGUCACUUUUCGCCUUUGCCCCUUCUGCCCACAGGAUCGCGAAUGGGCUUGAUCUCCCACGGCGGGCAGAUAGUCAUUGCCACCGAGUCCUCGGAGUCUGGCUUCAUGGACCACGCGUGGACGGACCAGGUGGACCUAUCCGGCGCCGUGUCCGUCUCCAGUUUCCACGGCAACAGCACAAACUUUGCAGUCUCCUAUGUGAUGCCCACGGCUGCGUCCACGCCGUUUAAUCCUCACGAUCUGCAGAUCGGACAGGUGGUGCAAAUGGCCAACUCCGCGCAGUUGGCUGUGCUGGCUGCCGUGGAGGAAACUGAUGAAACCUCUGCGCAAUUGACAGAACUACCUGUUGAGGAACCUCAGGAGGCUCUAGCCACCAUUGAGGAAGUCGAAGAGACCCCCAUUGAGUCGGAGACUGUGGUCGAGGAGCACAAGGAAGACAACACACCUGCGGAAAUGCACACUUCACAAUCUCCUAAUCUGGAGGAUGUUGAAGAGCCAGAGUCAGAGCAGGUUACCCAUAAGAGGAAAUUGGCCGACAUGCAAGAAGAAUGGCAAGAGGAGGUAGGGCAGACGCUGGACAAAGACUUGGAGGAGCUGCAAGCAGCAGCCGAGAAGGGGGCGCAAGAGGAGGAGUGGCAUCCCAGCAGUGAGGAGCAGCAGAAGGAGUGGCAUCCCAGCAGUGAGGAGCAGCAGGAGGAGUGGCAUCCCAGCAAUGAGGAACAGCAGGAGGAGAACAGUACUGAAUCCCUACCCAAGCGAAGGAAGACCCGCAGUAAGAAAUCCUCGCAAGCUGCCAAAAUUGAGCCUGCUCCGGCUGAGGUCAAGGCUAAAAUACAGUCUGGCAAGGGGGCUUUUCGCAAGUUUCGUGGGAAGGAGGCGGAGGAAAAGGUAAAGCCACCGAAGCCCAAAUGCCGAUGCGGUGUCUCCGGCUCGGCAAAUACCUUGACCACCUGCCGAAACUCACGUUGUCCCUGCUAUAAGAAUUUCAAUAGCUGUGCCGACUGCCACUGCGUGGGAUGCAAGAAUCCCCAUAAAGAGGACUAUGUGGAGAGCGACCAUGAUGAUGAAUACGAAGUACUUAAAGGAGAGCCAGAAGCACAGCCGAUGCAACCAGCUGAAGAACCCAAGCAGGAGGAGAACAGCCGGGACUCGGCGCCGCCCUCGAACGGCGGCAUUCAACUGGUGCUCCUCUCCGAUAUGAUGGCCUCACAGUAUCCCGUGGUGCUGAUGCAAAACGAGAACGGCGGGGUUCAGGGCUUUAACAUUUUCCAGGAUAACAAGCCCGUUGAUCCGGCCACAGCUGGUUUCAUCUAUGUGCAGGUGCACAACAACGAUGGCAAAAUGAACAUUCCCCAGUUCGCCUACGUGAUGCCACCGCCUGCUCUGCCGGAGCCACCGGCUCCCUCUCUCUCGCCACCUCCUCCGCCACCGGCUCCGGAAAGGGAAGUCAUCGAGCCGCCGGCCAAGAAGUUCAGGACCAGCAGGACACGCCGGGGCAGGGCCAAUUUCUCGGCCCUCGACACGGUGGACGAGCUUGUCAGUGGCGGAUCCAGGAGUAACUCUGCCGCUGGCGACAGACUGUCGGCCACUGACAACGCCCACUCGCUGUUCGAGGAGAUCAUGUCCGGCUCGGAUGACUUGUAAGCAAGGCAGCUCACGCAUAGAUGUUGUUUUCUCUUUGGAAUGUUUUCUGUAUUUUUUUUUUUUGUCUUUACUGAUGCCCAGAAGUUAUUCUUUAGAGGAUAUAUGUUAUGGAGCGAAAUGUUCCUCCAUAACUAGUUGAAUAACUGGGUGCUCACCUCAUUGAUCCUCUUAUUUUUGUAUCAUUUGGUUUUGUACUCGUAGCAUAUUUAUUUCAACAUGUACAGUUCCUCAUCUCAAGCGAAGUCCACUCAAAUCAACUCCAAAAUAUUUUUUAGGAGCAUUCUACAUCCAGAGGAUUUUCCAGACUUUUUGUAAUCAACCAGCCAACGUUUCCAAAACUCCACUUUCUUUUCAUAUGCAUAAGAAACAGUCGUGUAGAAUUAAGCAAUUCUUAAACCGCCGCAAGAAACUGAGUAUUUAAGGGCAAAGCAAUAGUCAGAACUAAGUAAUAAUUUUCGUUAAACGAACAGCGAAUUAUACAAUAACUUAAAUGCUUUGCUCGCAAUGCGGUUGCUGUGAGCCAAAAAAAA